AUGGAGAUUCAGUUUUCAGAUCAAGAACUAUAUAGUCGUCUAGGUAGACGUAUAUUUGAUGUCUAUGUUCAGGGAAAAUUGUUCUUGAGAGAUUUUAACAUCAGACAGGAGGCUAAUGGCACUCUGAAGUCUAUUGUGAAAGAACUGAAAGCUGUUAACGUGACUGAUCAUAAGUUAGAGAUUUGGUUGUAUUGGGCGGGUAAAGGGACAACACUCAUACCCAAAAGAGGAAACUAUGGUCCUCUUAUCUCUGCAAUCUCCUUGUGCCACAUGGAGAAAACUAAACAUCACAUCAAUUAUCCACUAAUUUUUGGGGUAACGGGUCCCUUGGUAGCAAUUAUUUUCUUGGCUUUGGGAUUCUAUGCUCACAGAAAAUGCAGACAGAUCAAGAAAAAGAGAGAAAGAGACCUGAGAGCACAGGGUUUGCAAACUCUUUGCUUUACAUGGAGGCAACUUCAAGCUGCAACAAACGAUUUUGAUCAAGCCAACAAACUUGGAGAAGGAGGUUUUGGAUGCGUAUUCAAAGGAGAGCUGUCAGAUGGAACUAUCAUAGCAGUGAAGCAGCUAUCUUCCAAGUCAUGCCAAGGAAACCGUGAGUUUGUGAAUGAGAUAGGCAUGAUCUCUGGUCUGAAUCAUCCAAACCUUGUCAAGCUUUAUGGAUGCUGUGUCGAAAAGGAUCAACUGCUGCUCGUGUAUGAGUACAUGGAAAACAACUCCCUUGCUCUUGUGCUGUCUGGAAGGAGCUCCUUGAAACUGGACUGGUCAGCAAGAAAGAAAAUAUGUGUGGGGCUCGCAAGAGGGCUCGAAUUCCUCCAUGAAGGAGCUGCGAUCAGAAUGAUUCACCGUGACAUAAAAACUCCCAAUGUGCUUCUAGACGCCGAUCUUAAUGCAAAGAUAUCUGACUUUGGUCUAGCUAGACUCCACGAAGAAGAGCACACUCACAUUAGCACCAAAGUUGCAGGAACCAUCGGAUAUAUGGCUCCAGAAUAUGCUUUAAUGGGUCAUUUGACUGAGAAAGCAGAUGUGUACAGCUUUGGGGUUGUGGCAAUGGAGAUUGUUAGUGGGAAGAGUAAUACAACACAAAAGGGAAGCGAUGACAAUGCCUCACUUAUUAAAUGGGCCAUGACACUACAACAAAAAGGGGACAUAAUGGAGAUUGUAGAUCCGAAGCUCGAAGGUGAGUUCAACAGCCUAGAAGCAGAGAGGAUGAUCAAAGUUGCUCUUAGGCUGUGA